AUGAGUUCGGUAUGGGGUCGGUGGCAAAUGUGGCGUGAUGAGGCAGAAUUGCCAUGUUACACACCGCUUGUACCAGGGUCCGGAACAAAACAUGUGCUUCCGGCACAGUAUGAUGCCCUUCUGAAACGCAUGUUCCCGGAUAAAGAUAAGCGGACACACUUCACACUCAAGGUUGAGAAGUGUUUUGCUUUUGCGCAGUCGGUGAAGUACCGUGCGGGACGUCUCCGAGUGUGUGGUGAGCUACAGUUGUCCGAGGAUGGAGUCGACUUACCGGCGCGGCGUUAG